GUGUAGGGGGGUGGAGCAGACUGCAGGCUCACUGGGUACCGCGCUGCUGCAUCCGUGCCUCGAGCAGUACUGAUUCUUCUCCGGCUGCUCUGUGGCAGCUCCGCGGCCAGGUGUGACCAGAUCCAGCCUGCGACUCAACUUUGUCCAUUCGAGGCGGCGGCCAGCGCGGAGCAAACAUGCAGGAACUCCGGGGUAUUUUGCUGUGUCUGCUGCUGGCAGCAGCUGUCCCCACCACCCCAGCUCCUGCCCCGACGGCGACUUGGACUCCAGUGGAACCGGGCCCGGCUCUCAGCUACCCGCAGGAGGAAGCUACGCUCAAUGAGAUGUUCCGAGAGGUGGAGGAGCUGAUGGAAGACACGCAGCACAAACUGCGCAGCGCUGUGGAGGAGAUGGAGGCGGAAGAAGCAGCUGCUAGAACAUCCUCUGAGGUGAAUCUGUCAAGUUUACCUGCCAACUAUCACAACGAGACCAACACAGAUGCCAGGGUCGGGAAUAACACCGUCCAUAUGCACCAAGAAAUUCACAAGACAACCAACAACAAGACUGGACAGAUGGUCUUUUCUGAGACAGUCAUUACAUCUGUAGGGGAUGAAGAAGGCAAAAGGAGCCACGAAUGUAUCAUUGAUGAGGACUGUGGGCCCACCAGGUACUGCCAGUUCUCCAGCUUCACAUACACCUGCCAGCCGUGCCGGGACCAGCAGAUGCUAUGCACUCGAGACAGUGAGUGUUGUGGAGACCAGCUGUGUGUCUGGGGUCACUGCACCAAAAAAGCCUCCAAAGGUAGCAACGGGACCAUCUGUGACAACCAGAGGGAUUGCCAGCCUGGCCUAUGCUGUGCCUUCCAAAGAGGCCUGCUGUUUCCCGUGUGCACAUUCCUGCCGGUGGAGGGAGAGCUAUGCCAUGACCCUGCCAGCCAGCUGCUGGAACUCAUCACCUGGGAACUGGAGCCUGAAGGUGCUUUGGACCGAUGUCCCUGUGCCAGUGGACUCCUCUGCCAGCCUCACAGCCACAGCUUGGCGUACGUGUGCAAACAAGCCUUCGUCGGUAGCCAUGACCAAAAUGAGGAGAGUCUGCUGCCCAGGGAGACCCCUGAUGAGUAUGAAGAUGGUGGCUUCAUAGGGGAGGUUCGCCAGGAGCUGGAGGACCUGGAACAGAGCCUGGCCCAGGAUAUGGCAUUUGGGGAUUCUAUCCCUGAGGAGUCAUUGGGUGGGGGAGAGAUUUAGACCCAUACUCAACUGAGCUGCUGGUAGAUGUGCAAUAGAAAUGGCUAAUUUAUUUCCCCAGGAGUGUCCUGUAGGUGUGGGGCUGGCCAGGCAUUCUCCAUAGCUUCUUCCCAGUAGCUUUUCCUCUGGCUUGACAAGGUGCAGUGCAGUAUAUUUGUUUCAGCUGCCCUGCUGCUCUGGUGCUGGGAAAGACAGACAUGGUAGUUGCGGGCAGCCAUGAGCCACCCCACACCAUUGCCAGACAUUCUGUUUUGUUCUUCACGGAAUGGAGAUUUGCUUGAAGGGAGAAGAUGGGAAGAGGUGAAGUCUGACCAUGAUGGUUUUGGGAAACACAUGGAGGAGGCUGCCUGCCUUGCAAACAUGGACCUGGCAAAAUGUAGCCAUUGCCUGUGUCCAGUGGCCCUUCCAUGGGCUGAGGCAGAGGCUGCGCACAGGAGCUAUGCUGCUCUUUUGGCCUCCCACACAUUCAUCCUUACAUCCUUUCUUUCAGUUCCUCCUACCUCACUGUCAGCAUAGCCCUUCAUACCCUUACUGCACCCACCACAGCCUGGGAGCAGACCAGAGGAGGUUUCUCUCUAAGUCCCAUGUUCUCUCACUUACCCCAGCACCAGCCUCGGUGCCACCAACAGUUCUUCCAAAAGGAGGGGAGUGAAAUCCUUUUUUUUUUUUUUUUUUUUUUUUUUUUUUUUUUUUUUUUACUGGUUUGAGGCAUGCCUGGAACUAAGGUCAGACAAAUCUGCAUGUCCCUCUGAGGUUAGAAGUAGCAGUGUGGAGGCCAGUGGUGUGGACAUGUGGACAUUGCUCUCUGCCAUUUGCUUCAGUAACUCUGAAAGUCAGAAAUUGGAGGGCCAUUUGUGUAAAUUAAUUCACAGGAAGGACACUUGGGUAAUUGUAGGGCCAGGUUAUUAUGAAGUUUGCAAGGUCGCUUAGCAACAACGGAAGGGCUUUCUCAAUAGCACAGAGAAAUCAGAACCAAACCAGGCUGUGUGAAGUAUGGCUGUGAUGUCCAGAAAGAAGGCUGGGCUGGGUGUCAGGCCUCAGAUGAUGGUUUCAGGUGCCAGGAACUGUUUCCAUCCUGUCUUCACCCUAGGUUAUUAAAUUUUAAAGUUGCACACAGUUGAGUAAGCAUGCUUUCUUCUGAGUUUUAAAUUAUGUAUAAACACGUGUGUUGCACUCAAAGAUAAAUCACUUUGGAUACUAUUUAAUAAUUCUUGGACUUUUUUCUCUUUGACUUUCAAUAAAUGUAAACCACCUUCAUCCAGAACAAUAAAAUAAAACAAUCUGUA